ACUUUCCUACACAUCUCUCACCCCUCACACAGUCAACAUUUCCUCUUCUCAACAGCAAACCUCACUACUACAUACAAUCCACACAUCCUCAAAAUGGCCGACACAGCCGACGCCCCCCAAAGCAACAAGGCCUUCGUGCCCCUCGAAAACAACCCCGAAGUAAUGACCCACCUCGUCCGCCAACUCGGCCUCUCCCCCACCCUAGGCUUCACAGACGUCUGGUCAAUCGACAGCCCAGACCUCCUCGCCUUCAUCCCCCGCCCGUCCUACGCCCUCCUCCUCGUCUUCCCCGUCUCCGCAGCCUACGAAGCAACCCGACGUUUAGAAGACGCGCCCCUCCCCGAAUACACGGGCUCCGGGGCCAACGAACCCGUAAUGUGGUUCAAGCAAACGAUCCGCAACGCGUGCGGUCUCAUCGGGCUCCUGCACGCCGUAUCGAACGGCACGCCGCGGAAGCACAUCACCCCCGGCUCGGACCUAGAUAACCUGCUGAAAGAAGCGGAGGGGCUGGGGCCGAUCCAGCGUGCGGAUCUGUUGUACGAGAGUAAGGCGUUGGAGAGUGCGCAUGCGGAUGCGGCGAAAUUGGGGGAUACGGAUGCGCCGGCGGCGGAGGACUCGGUGGAUUUGCAUUUCGUGGCGUUUGUGAAGGGCGAGGACGGCACGCUUUGGGAGUUGGAUGGGCGGAGGAAGGGACCGUUGGUUAGGGGGGUGCUUGGGGAGGAGGAGGAUGCGUUGAGUGAGAGGGCGUUGCAGUUGGGGGUUAGGAGGUUUUUGGAGGUGGAGAAGGGGAGUGGGAGUGGGGAGGGGGAUUUGAGGUUUAGUCUGGUUAGUUUGGGGGAGGUUUUUGAUUGA